AAAGACGACAUAUGUCUGCGGCUUGACGUACAGUAGCGAUGUGAAGGACAGAUGUUUUCAUGGAGAGGCGUAAUUGCGUUAAAAAGGAGGGCAAACGGAACUACUCCUGUGGCAUAUCAAACAGUUGAUCACAAUGCUCAUAGUGGAGAAAACAGCUGACCACCCGACUGCAGAGUUCUCGCUGCUGGAGGAUGUGGCCCUGCACUUCACCUUCCUGAUGGACCGGCUCAACGACCAGCGCCUCUUCCAGCCGGACCUGUGCGACGUGGACAUCGUGCUGCUGCGGCACCAGGCCACGUUCCAGGCCCACAAGGGCGUGCUGGCGGCGUACAGCCCCUUCUUCCACUCGCUGUUCGGCCACGGCAAGGAGCUCCAGCGCGUGGAGCUGGCGCUCGAGGCCCUGCAGCCCCAGGGCCUGCAGCAGAUCCUGGACUUCAUCUACACCUCCAAGCUGCUGCUGACCGGCUCCAACGUGCAGGACGUGCUGCGGGCCGCCACCGUGCUGCAGAUGACCGACAUCGCCGCCUCCUGCCGGGAGCUGCUCGGCCGCGGCUCCCUGGCCAGCGCGGCGGGGGACGAGGAGGCCAUGCAGGGCGCGCAGCUGUGGACCAACGGGAGCGGGGACGGCGGGAGGGGGGCGGUGGCGGCGGGCGCUGCUCCUCCUUUCCGCGCGGACGUCAAGCAGGAAACGGAGUCGGCCAGCGCCAAAAUCUACGGGCGGGAGGGCGGCGGGACCCAGUUCACCCUGCACGUGGAGGACGGCCCGCUGAAAAGCGAGCACCCGGCCAACGUCAAGCCCGUGCAGUUCCUCAAGAAGGAAGGGGACGACGCGGCCGCGCAGGGCGCUCUGAACGUCCCCGGAGACACGAAGCAGAUCAUCGUGGAGCUGAACCUGAACAAUCAGACGCUCAACGUGUCCAAAGGCCUGGAGGAGCACCUCUCUCCAGUGCUGCUGCCCUCCGCGCACAGGCAGCCGGGGACGGACCAAGGUGGACGCGACGAGGAGAGAGACGGCAUUGAGGCCGAGGAAGACGACGACGAUGACGACGACGACGAGGACAACGAAGACGUGACCAUGGAAGAAGGGAGAGAGGAGCAAACCGAGGAAGAGGAGGACGAGCAAAUAGGGUCCAGCGAAGAGGAGGACGGACACCACAGCGAUCAAGCCAUAGCGGAUUUCGCCCCGCGCCGACCCCAGCGGCAGACCAGGGUGGCGGCCAUGUUCGUCGGGGCGUCUCCCCUGAGGAGCCGUCUGACGGGUCAGCAGGGCAGGCCGGCCGGCGGUGGCGGCGGCGGUGGCGUCCGGGCCGAGGAGGCGGAGGGCCAGGGCCCGAAGGUGCGCCUGGAGGAGCGGCAGGCCUUCCCCUGCGUGCGCUGCCCGCGCAGCUUCAACAACCACUGGUACCUGGAGAAGCACGUGAGCGCCACGCACCACCGCAUGCAGGUGUGCGACAAGUGCGGCAAGCGCUUCCUGCUGGAGAGCGAGCUGCAGCUCCACCAGCAGACCAACUGUGAGAGGAGCAUACAGUGUGGUACUUGUGGAAAGGCCUUCAAGAAGCUGUGGUCACUGCAGGAGCACAACAAGAUUGUCCAUGGCUAUGCCGAAAAGAGAUUUGCCUGUGAGAUUUGUGAGAAAAAGUUCUACACAAUGGCCCAUGUUCGCAAACACAUGGUUGCACACACAAAAGAGAUGCCAUUUACUUGUGAGACGUGUGGAAAGUCCUUCAAACGGAGCAUGUCUCUGAAAGUCCACUCCCUCCAGCAUUCAGGCGAGAAACCCUUUAAAUGUGAGAACUGUAGCGAGCGCUUCCAGUACAAAUACCAGCUGCGCUCCCACAUGAGCAUUCACUUGGGCCACAAGCAGUUCAUGUGCCAGUGGUGUGGGAAGGACUUCAACAUGAAGCAGUACUUUGAUGAGCACAUGAAAACACAUACAGGAGAGAAGCCAUACAUCUGUGAGAUGUGUGGGAAGAGCUUCACCAGCCGGCCCAACAUGAAGCGGCACCGGCGCACGCACACCGGCGAGAAGCCGUACCCCUGCGACGUGUGCGGCCAGCGCUUCCGCUUCUCCAACAUGCUCAAGGCGCACAAGGAGAAGUGCUUCCGCGUGACCAACCCCACCGCCGCCGCCGCGGAGGAGGCCGAUUGGGUGCCCGCCUCGGGCCCGGGGGCCUCGGCCAAUGACAUGACUCCGCUGACUGAAGACGGACUGGGCUCCUCGAAUCACGGCGCGUCGGCCUUUCCGUCUCCGCUGCUGCCGCCGGCCGACGGGAGUUUUGCGUUGCCCCCGGCGCUGCCGUCUCUCUCCCCCAUGUUCUCGUCCGGACGGCUCCACGCCGGGGACCACUGAUCGCUCCGCUCUCCGUUUUGUAGCCCUGAAACUCUAGACGGUACUUCUAGUCAAACUCUAUAUAGGAAAGUAUAGCAUCUUAUAUUGAGAACAAUCAAGCGAUUAACAGCUCUAUAUUUUAUACGGUGAACCCAAAUAUACUACGUGUGUCAGUCCGCAGUAUUUACAAGCUAGUCUGUGACUUUAUGUUCCUUGCGUGUUGCAUUGAUGUCAUAGAAAUGUAUGUAGCAAGCCCUAGAUACUAAGCACUUUUUUCUGUUUUGUUACACUCAUUUUCAUCUUCUAGGGAUUUUACAUCAGUUCCUCUAAGGUCUGUUGACGAUGAGUUGAUGUUGAUUGAGUUUAUUCGUAUGUGUUGUACAUUGCUUUUCAAUGACUGAUAUCCAAAUUUAAGAUUUUUCCACCUUCACCCCCUUCCUUGUACAAUCAGCAGUGGCACUUUAUUAGUCCAGAGACUCCCCAGGGCAACGCCAUGCCCAUGUGAAACAGAUAGGAUAAGCCCAUAACCUUAGCUUAUUGGUCACACUGUUGGUUACUCCUGGCUUGUUUGUUUUUGUUUACUGCAUAGUGUUGAUGUAAUUGAUUUACUCAUUGGCAAAUUCAAAUGCGUAUAUCCACUGGCAUUGGCAUCAGCAUUAGCGAAAUCUAGAUGGCACUUUAACCAGAAUUUGACAUUCCGUCUCGACGAGAUCUGUGUUGAUUACAGAGCACAGGCUGGGUGAAGGUCGCACAUGGUAGAUGCAGAUUUACCACGGAUAUUCCAAUAUGGUGGUUGUUAUGAAGUAUGUCAGCACACAAACCAGUGUAAUUGUGAGAUCGUACACAUUUCCUAUCUGCAUUUCGUAUGUUCAGGACAAAUGUAAAAUUCACUGGGUUUUGAAUGUAAAAGAGAUUGUUGCGGUGCAAAGAAAUUGUGAGUUGUUACUGAAGGGCAUGUAAUGCUUUUGUUGAUUGUGUUAUUGAAUGGCAUGUAAUGCCUUUGUUGACUGUUUAGAUGGUCUUUUAGACUUAAAAAGUCUAUCAAGCUUGAAGCUUGUUUAACCGUUAACAGCUUUAAAGAGUGUAUGAUAUUCUCCUUAGAGCAGUACCAAACUAUAAGGUUGUUACACAGAGCUUUCCCUUUGGCAUCAGUAGCUGUAGUAGACUGGCAUCACUGCCACCUAUGAAGCAUGUGGGAGCCUAGAAGCAGAAAGUUGCCAAGUUUCUGAAAUCAGUGUGCUCUGUUAUGGCAGUGCUUAUGUUAAGCAUUCCAAACUCAAUUUUUUUGCUCUAGGUUUGUUACUUACCCAUACACAUCCCCUUUGGUUAGUGUUAUAAGAUUGUUCAGUGUGUAAAUUGAUCCAGAUGAAAUUUGUUUUUGGAGCAUCACAUUUGCUGUCAUACAGUUGGUUUUAUGGAUUAGGCCAUGCGGGUGUCAUGGUGAAGCUGAAGCAGUGCACUCUGAUGAAAUGAUCUCAAAAGUAGCUGAAUUGGACUUUUAUUAAUGGCACUUUGCUUGAAAUUGAGUGAAGUUAGAAUACAUAAUGCAUCUAAUAAUGACUGAGUCUGCAAUUGUAAUUUGUUGAUUUGCAAAAUCUUUGUGCAAUAUGUGUUGGAUGAAGGCCCGACAGAAGCAUGUCGUUAAGUCAUAGAAAGGAAGGGCACUUUUGAUAUUGCAGUUCCUGGAAAUGUCAAUUGCAGAAAAGUGUAUUAUUUGUUCUAGGAAACAUCUAAAUUUUAGAAUCUCAAAAGAAUGAUUGGCGCUGUCAAGUGGGCUUGAAUGAAGAGAUGGCUAACUGUCAACUCCCAGUGCUGUUAUGUCAUGAGGAUUUGGAAACUGCUUGCUGGUGAAGUUGUUUCACAAAAACAUAGUUGUUUGUUUGUAGCAAAGCAUCAUGGACAAAUCACUGAUAUAUCAAAAGCACAGCUCAUUUUUACCAUAAUCAGAUUAUGCAGUGUGAACUCAUCCUCACUUACUGUAUGUGAUAACAGGGUCUUGGAAUCUUACUUUGGAAUAUUAUGAAUAGG